AGAAUAUAUGCUACAGAUAGUAAUUUAUAAAUAAGCACAAAAAACUAACCAACAAAAUGAAAUCUAAAGUAGGUGCGGGGCAAAUUCCGUGCCUACAAAUUCCUUUACGGUGCAAGGAAGAUUGGUCAUACCCUGUUAUCGAUGAGGAGACCAAGGAAUUGCUCAAAAAGUGUGCAGGUGUAUCAGUGGAGGAUAUGCCUGAUAACGUGCCAUCUGAGAAAGUAAUCAUUAAAAAGAGCAAAGUUUUUCCAAUACCAUUUCCGAUAGAAUCUGUAAGGGUGCAACAAUUAAAAAAACAAAAACCGAUAGAUAAAUUGAGAAGAAACAUCAGAUCAACUUAUCCCUUGAUACAUGAAAGAGUUUUGUUACUGAUGACAAAGUUUCUGGCACAUAAAAGACAGUACGGUAAAUCUAUUGAAAAGCAAUUAUACAAGGAUAUGUCUGUGUGUGAGUUCAUAGACAGAAUAUUGAAGAAGCGCGCUGUCUGCUUUGUGGGGCCCUACGACAAAUACAAACUACUGACUGGCGAAGAAGGAGUAUCCGGCUGGGAAGAUAUAGGAACAUUGAACGAAAAACCUCCUCUGACUAUCGAGAACUGUUUAACUUACGAUGAGAUGAAGCUCUCGGCCAUGGUGUACAUCAGCGGGUAUACCCAGUGCAUCAACAACGGCGCUCGGAACAACGCCGGAGUUGUUCGGGAGGAUACCGCUGAAGAGGAGGCCAUCAUCAUUGGUGUAAUCGGCCCUCGUUUCCACCGGCGCGGCAAGAUGGAUUACGAAGAUAUCCUGAUAACCGAAGACCAGAACACACCCUUGCUUGGUUACGGGAAAGAAUUAUGGACCUUAUUAGAUUUAUUCAGGUCAAUAGACGAGAAGAAACGUACGCACAUGUAUCGGGAAAUGUGGGCGGAGUUUUAUGGUAUCGAAAACAUUACCUUCAAAGAUAUAUCGUGGCUACUCAAGCACGAAUGCAAUGACGAACAAAAACCGCAUCACCAAAGAUAUUACACACUGCAGAAUCUUAAGUACAUGAAUCCUAUAUUUGACAACGCAACUUAUCAUAAGAGGAUCAGUAUAAUAGCUGAGUCGACGUUGCUGGAAGCUGACUACAGGGCCGAAGAGUGCGGGAAAACCGCUUUUGUUAACGUCGUUGGCUGCGGUCUCGGCGUAUGGUUGAUAUCCAGUCACCAGGCGGACGUUUACGUGCUGGCGUUUCUGGAUCGGAUAACCGCUUUGCUCGAUGCGCGAUCCCUGGACCACGUGUCGGACGUCAACUUUGCUUACAUCAACAAUAGUCAGGAUAUACUGGAUAUAUUUCCAAAAACACAAGACUCAGAUGACCAAUCUCCGAAUAAAAGAUGCAUUAAGAUAGAAUGCAAACAACAUCCCAAGGGUGGCAUUAACGUUCAAAUGCAGGACAGAGAGCCUUCGUCCAAGCUGACAGGGGAGCACGCGGGAAAACUCCUCGUGAUGACCUAUCCAUGGGACAGCAAUGCGCAUCCCGGAAACGAGUUCUGGUUCGGCAGUUUAACCACAUCGGGCGACCCGUCGGCCGCUUGCUCCACACAAGUGUCGGAAUUGCAUAACGCGCACAUAAACCCAGCAGUCAGUGCGAGUAACGUCCGCGUUGUAGGUUUAAUAAGGAAGUUUGAGAAAGCUGUCUCAGUUAAAUUGACCCAAACAGUGGAUGUUAAAAAAGAGACAAAACCUAUUGAUCACAAAGUGAAUGCAACUACAGUUGAAGAUACUGAAAAAGUUACAGAGAGAGUUAAGGAGAAAAAUGAAAAUGUGGAGCAAAAAAUAUCCCAAGAGGGUCUUACCGUAGGGUCUGAGGCCAAGGAAAUUACCCUUGAGGGUCUUUGGGAAGGUUUUAAAUUGAAAAAGGAUCUGCAUUUUGGAAAAAUAUCAGAUUCUAGCUGGAAGACAACCAGGCCUAUAAUCACAAAGUCUUCCAUUCAUUCUAGAACUGCCUAUGUCAUAUCAGCCAUUGUAACAGCGGAAACUCCAGAGUGUUUGUUAAGGCGGACUGAGCACUUCAUAGAACAUCUGCAACAGUAUCCUGAGUCGAGAGACUAUGCUAUAAAGGAAGGCGCUGUCAGGGCACUGUUGCGAGUCCAACACAAAUUGAAGGGCAGUAUGGACAGUGCAGAUUCUCUCACUAAACAAGUGAUUGGGAUUGUUAAUGAGGCUUUAGCUUUAAUGGGCUAUACAGGUCCACCGAAAAGCCGCGGGCCCAACAUCCUGUCAAUAGACGGCGGAGGUAUCAGAGGUAUCAUUGCCAUAGAAAUACUGAGGCAUUUGGAGAGGCUUACGGGUAGCAAAGUGCAGGAUAUGUUCGACUACAUCAUUGGAGUCAGUACGGGGGCCAUAAUUGCUGCUGUUAUCUCUAGCGGCGUGGGUAACCUUGACACAGCCAAUCAAAUGUAUCACACGCUAUCCAAACAGAUGUUCGGAAACACUUCGCUCAUUGGUGGUACCUCUCGCCUGGUGUGGACGCAUUCGUACUACGACACUGACGCGUGGGAGAAAAUGCUUCAAGACAAUUUGCAGGACUGUACUCUCACCGAGUGCAACAGGCACAACACACCAAAGAUGGCGCUGGUGUCGUGCGUGGUGAACUCUGGCUCGCGGCUUGCUCCGUUCCUGUUCCGCACGUACGAGUGCGGCUUUCGCGUGCGGAGCGUGUUUGCGGGCAGCUCGCGCGCCAAGCUGUGGCAUGCCGUACGCGCGUCCGCCGCCGCGCCCACCUACUUCACCGAGUUCCGCCUGGCGGGCCUCCUACACCAGGACGGUGGUAUAAUGGUCAACAACCCAACUGGAGUAGGUCUCCACGAAGCUAAACUAUUAUUCGGUGACACCAUCAAAAACGGCACAGUAAUAUCCGUGGGCACCGGCAGAGCUCUGAACAAACAUCUAGACUACCAGCUAAUGAGCAAGGGUCUGGCCAAAGAGUCCCCUGGCACCAGUUGGAAGGACAAGUUCAACAAGAUCUUGGAUUCGGCGACUGAUACUGAAGGCGUUCAUCUGGUCGUCAACGAUUUACUACCACCUGGGAACUACUACCGUUUCAACCCCCCUCUAAUGGAGGAAUGCGCCAUGGACGAAAUCAAUCCGCAGAAACUACAGAACAUGGUCACAGACACCAUGGCCUAUAUACGGAGAAACCAGCACAAGUUCGAACAAGCCGCCGCCAUGCUUAUAAGGAAAAGGACAAUGUCGCAGAAGAUCAUGGACUACGUUCAUUAUAGGUCUCAGUUGAUGGGAGUUACCCACGCCAACUGACGGUUUGGCAAUCGGCAAGAGUAAGAAUCUUGCUGAUUCUGUUGAAACAGGCAUGAAAGCUAUGAUUUUUGGUAUGAAAAUCGAGAAAAAGGAACAAAAGGUGUUUGGGAACCUGCAUGAAUUUGAGGCUUAUUUGCAACAGGAAUGAAAAAAAUGAUUUUUAAUUGAUUGAUUGAAUUCCUUGUUGCACACACAAAAAAGAAAAAAUACAAAAACAUGCAAUAGAGAAACAUAAAAACUAGGUGUGCAAAGGCGGUCUUAUUGCUAAAGCUAUCUCUCCGAUGGAACUUUUUUUUUGGUAUGAAAAGGAAAAGAGAUGUUUGGGUAUCGGCACGAGCUGAUUUUCUUGAGAAUAAGAAAUAAAUGUUUUUUUUUUAAUUUGUUGAAAAAUGACAUAAUGAUUUUUACAUAUCGUGUGUUUAUCUUUGAAACAGAAAUAACGUUUGUUUUGAAAUCUGUAAGUGUGUGACUGCUGUUUUCUUUGACUAAUUUUUGUAUGAAAAACUUUGCCAAAGUCUUAUUUUUUCAUCCUUCUUUCACUCAAAAACGAGUCAAGGUAUUAUUUGAUUUUUGGCAUAGCGAAGAGUGGUCAGAGAGGGACAGAUUUUUUUAUAUUCCGGAGAACGAUAUCGUAGCAAAGUUAGUUGGCGAAAUGAAUCUGCAAAAACAACAAAAUACUAUCAUGUUAUAUGUUUAUAUUAAAAAAAAUAUAACAAG